UUGCAGUAAAAUAACAGAAUCUCUUCAGGAGAUGAAAGAUCACUUCUGUAAAGAUAUAUUAGAGGUCCUGAGAAGAAACAAAGAAGAAAUCAUUGAAGGGAAGGAAUCACUAAACCAACUUAAAAGUUCAAUGGAAAGUAUCACCCACAGACAAGACCAUUUGGAAGAUAGAACCUCAGGCAAUGAAGACAAAAUAUUUAAUCUUGAAAAUAAAGUUGACCCCACAGAGAAGAUGAUAAAUUGCAUGACAUUCCCUCACCCAGACACCAUGCCUGAACAGCAACUGCUAAAGCCAACCGAGUGGAGCUACUGUGACUACUUCUGGGCUGAUAAGAAGGAUCCCCAAGGCAAUGGCACGGUGGCUGGGUUCGAACUGCUGCUCCAAAAGCAACUGAAGGGCAAACAAAUGCAGAAAGAAAUGCCUGAAUUCGUCCGAGAGAGGAUAAAGAUUGAAGAGGAAUAUGCAAAGAACCUGGCUAAGCUCUCUCAGAACUCCUUGGCUGCACAGGAGGAAGGCUCCUUGGGAGAAGCCUGGGCCCAGGUGAAGAAGAGUCUGGCAGAUGAAGCAGAGGUUCAUCUCAAGUUCUCCGCCAAGUUUCACAGCGAGGUAGAGAAGCCCCUAAUGAACUUUCCUGAGAACUUCAAGAAAGACAUGAAAAAGUGUGACCACCAUAUCGCUGACCUCCACAAGCAGCUCGAGCGCUAUGCAUCGGUGGAGAAGGCCCGGAAAGCCCUCACAGAGCGGCAGAGAGACCUGGAGAUGAAGACCCAGCAGCUGGAGAUCAAGGUGAGCAACAAGACAGAGGAGGACAUCAAGAAGGCACGGAGAAAGUCCACACAGGCUGGCGAUGACCUCAUGCGCUGUGUGGACCUCUACAACAAGGCCCAGUCCAAGUGGUUUGAAGAGAUGGUGACCACCACUUUGGAGCUGGAGCGGCUGGAGGUGGAGAGGGUGGAGAUGAUCCGGCAACAUCUGUGUCAGUGCACACAGCUGCGGCAUGAGACAGACAUGUUCAACCAAAGCACAGUGGAGCCUGUGGACCAACUGCUUCGAAAAGUGGACCCGGCCAAAGACAGAGAGCUGUGGGUCAGAGAGCACAAAACGGGCAACAUUCGCCCUGUGGACAUGGAGAUCUAGACACGCCUGUGCGGCCCCGGGGGUCCUGCCCAGGAGAGGGGCUGGGGGUCCCUUGGAGAGGGGGUGGUGGCUCCCGCUGGGUGAAGCUGCCCUCCCACCCACUCUCCUGUCCACUGAGGAGAGAGGAGAGAGCUGGCAAUUCCAGAAGGGUGAUCUGGAUGGCUCAGCUGGGGAAUCCCAAAUAUUCCCAGGCCAAGAAGACAGACCUGCAACCCCUCC